AUGAAUCGGGUGUGCAGGAAAGAAAAGAAAAAAAAAGAAGAGAUGAAGAUCAAAGAGGUGUGCGCUAAGGGAUUUUUCCUUAGUGAGCGAAACACAUGCCUGCCCUGUAACUGUAAAGGCCAUGCAGAUCACUGUGAGGACAUCACUGGCAUUUGCUUUAAUUGCAGGGAUCACAGUAUGGGUGAUUUCUGUGAAAUGUGCGAAGAUGGCUACAUGCCGACACUUAGUCUGGUCGGAACCCAUAGCUGCCAACCCUGCGCCUGUCCUCUCUCUGUCCCGUCAAAUAAUUUUGCACUCUAUUGUGAUAAGCAAGGUGACACUCAACGGUGCAAGUGCAAAGAGGGUUAUGCUGGACAUACCUGUGAGAGGUGCGCUCCUGGUUACUAUGGCAUGCCAAUGAAAAUUGGUGGUUCCUGCAAGCAAUGUGACUGUAAUGGCAACUCUGACCCAAAUCUAAUCUUUAAUUGGUGCCACAACGUCACCGGCCACUGCCAGCACUGCUGGGGCAACACUGCCGGGCCGAAUUGCGAGAGGUGUGCACAGGGUUUCUAUGGCGAUGCCAUUGGUGCAAAGAACUGCAGAGAGUGUGAGUGCAACAAAUGUGGCACAUCCUCAUGUGAUGACAGGACAGGAGUGUGUCACUGUAAACCAGGCGUCACCGGGCGACUGUGCGACCGCUGUGAGGAGAGUUACUCAGGUUUCUCCAGCUGCCAGGGCUGUCAGAGAUGUGAAUGCAGGCCAGCUUCACUUCGUCCCACCUGCCAUUCUCUCACUCACAGCUGUCUGUGCCGCCCGGGUGCCGGAGGCCGUUACUGUGAGAGGUGUCUCCCAGGCUUUUGGGACUAUAGUCCAUCCGGCUGCAAGAAGUGUGAUUGUGAGAGCGGUCACUGUGACAUGCAAACAGGAGAGUGCCUACCAGAGCCUGCAACAGUCAACCUUUGCAAUAUCAGCUGUGAUGAGUGCAUCUGGCAUGUUAUCGGAGACCUGCAGCUGUCUAACAAAACGCUGGACCAUUUGAGGGUUGGAGUGUUGAACAUUUCUACUGGAGCUGCUGUGAAUGACAGAGUCAAAUAUUACAAUUACACUGCUCAUCACUUGCAGAAUCAAUUCCAUUCCUGGAGAAACAAACAGUCUGAAAUAAAAAGAGAAACUGGGGAGUUGGAAGACUCCACACAGGAUGUGGUUUCAUUCAUCAAAAAGCUCAGUGAAUCGGAAAGUGUAGUGAACAAUCUGAAGAACCAGCUUGAUGAGGAUUCACAACAAACUUUAAUUCUAGCUGAGCAAUUCAGCAAAAAUCUCACUGACCUCAACAUGCGCAUUGAAGAAAUGAUCCAUGAAUGGGAGUUGUAUAGUGUUUAUCAGGAAGCGGACCCCGAGGUGGUCAGGAGGAAGACAGAUGAAGCCAUAAGCACUGUAAAUAACAUGAGGAAUCGUGAAUUGUCCACACAAGGGCCAAUAACCAUUGAAGAGUCAACAGAGGCCCAUGACUUGCUAAGGCGGAUUCGUCAGUUGGAGAAGAAGUCAGUGAUUACAAAUGGCCAUCUCUCCACAAUCAAGAUGGCUUUGUCAAACUUCACAACCAAGCUGUCUGAAUCGGAGUCCUUCCUCCAGAAUGCAACCAGCACAAUUGAUGAGACAAAGGAUAAGAACAGUGGCAAUGUCCUCAAAUUCCAGCGCAAUGAGGCAACACAGCAAAGGAUGGCAGCAGAGGCUAUAGCUAUUCAAAACAUGACGGAAAAAGCCAAAGAUAUCAUUUCUGAAUCAGAAAAAAACGUAGCUCAAAUGGAUAUGAUGGUCCAGAAUGCAACACAGUACCAUGCUGCAAUUGAUGGUGCCAAUCAAAAGCUGAUAGAGAAGAUGGAAGAGCUCUCAUCUGCUGAUUCAGACUUGAUUCGAAGGGCAGAUGAGCAUGCUGAAGAGCUUGAGCAACAGGCUACCAAACUGGAGGAGAAUCUGCGAGAUAGCAAUGCCAACGGCAUUGUCCAGAAGGCCAUAACUGCCGCCAAUGUCUAUAACAAUAUAGUGAAAUACAUCGACGAUGCCAAUAUCACAUCGCGUACCACCCUGAACUUAUCCCACACGGCAGACGACUCUGUCACUGGGAUCAAGACACAGCUUAAUGACCUAGUGGUAAAAUGUGACAGUGUUUUCAAAGAAUCUGUUUCACUGUAUUCAGAACAAAAAGAGGUAGAAUCUGCAGUGGAUGACAAGCUAAAAUACAUUGAAGAAACAAAAGAAACCUUGGAUAAAAACACAGAAAAACUUGAAGAAAUGGUGAAGGAUAUUGAACCUGAGACAGCCCGGACUAACCAGCGACUGGAAUAUACACUCAAGGUGGCUGAGGGAACUCUUAACCGCUCAGCACAGGUCCUUGAGACCAUUAAACCUAUCAGUUCCAAAGUAGAGGAAUGGGAAAAUAAUCUGAAAAACAACAAAUAUUCCACAGUUGCCUAUGAACAAGCUGUUGUUUCUGCGAGAGAAUCGGUGGAUCACCUUCAUUUUCUUGUUCCUGAGCUUCUGGAAAAGCUUAAAGUGGUUGAGCAGAAAAAGCCUGUCAAUAACAUAACUACGAAUGUCAUGAGAAUCAGAGAACUCAUAGCUCAGGCCAGAAGUGUGGCAAAGAAGGCUCAAGUUUCCAUGAAGUUUAACGGUCAAUCUUCAGUGGAAAUUCAUGCUGAUACCAGCCUUGAAGACCUAAAGGCAGUGACAUCCAUCAGUUUAUUCAUGAGAGUUGACCCAGACAAGGAUCCAAUAGAGGACCGUUUCAUUUUAUAUCUGGGAGACAGAAAUGGCAAGAAAGACUACAUGGGACUUGCCAUCAAAAAUGAUAAUCUUGUGUACAUGUAUAAUCUUGGUGGUGAAUACGUUGAAAUCCCGCUGAGUUCAAAACCUGUCAGCCAAUGGCCAGCUGUGUUCAACUACAUCAAAGUAGAGAGGUUGGGCAGACAUGGAAAAGUCUACCUAAUCAUUCCCAGCCAGAGAUCCACAGAUGAACAAAAGUUCAUUCAGAAAGGCGAAGCUCCAGGAACCGACUCACUUUUUGACAUUGACCCUAAAGAUAUGGUGUUCUUUGUUGGAGGUGUCCCACCGGAUGUCACGCUCCCACCACCUUUGACCCUCGCUCCAUUUGUGGGCUGCAUUGAGUUGGCCUCGCUAAACAAUGAUGUGAUCAGUCUAUAUAAUUUCAAAAACACUCACAAAAUGGAUGUGGUUGAAUCAACACCAUGUUCCAGGUACAAACUGGCAUUCUCGCAGAGUCGUAUUGCAAGCUAUUUGUUUGAUGGAAAGGGCUAUGCACUGAUCAAUAACAUAGAACGGAGAGGGAAAUUUGGUUAUGUCACAAGAUUUGACAUUUCAGUGCGAACAGUUGCAAACAAUGGAGUGCUUUUCGUCAUGGUCAAUGCUGAAAAAUUCUUUCUCUUAGAAAUUAAAAAUGGAUAUUUGCGCUUAAUGUAUGACUUUGGCUUCAGUGAUGGUCCAAAGGUUUUGGAGGACAACUUACCAAAAUUGAAAAUAAAUGAUGCAAGAUAUCACGAGAUAUCAGUAAUCUAUCAUCAGUCAAAGAAGAUUAUCCUUCUAGUGGACAAAGGCCAUGUUAAGUCUAUGGAGAAUCCGAAAACCACUUUGCCAUUCUCAGAUAUCUACAUAGGUGGGGCCCCCUCACAUAUUGUCCAAUCAAGGCCCGAGCUUUCUGCCGUGGUUGGGUUUAAAGGUUGUGUCAAAGGCUUCUUAUUCCAGAAAAAAGACUUCAACCUCUUGGAGGAGCCUGGCACAAUUGGCAUCAGUAGUGGCUGCCCUGAGGAGUCUUUUGCAUCUCAUAAAGCCCAUUUCAUUGGUGACAGCUACUUGAGGUCCUCGGCAAAGAUUUCACCAUUCAGAAAUUUUGAAGGAGGCCUCAACUUUAAAACAUACGAUGCCAAUGGACUACUAUUCUACCAUACUGAAGGGCCUGACGAAUUCAGCAUCUCCCUUGAGAACGGAGCAGUGGUGAUGAACAUACUUGGAACCAGAGUUAAAACACAUAAGAAACACUAUAAUGAUGGAAGGACGCACUUCUUGUUAGCCUCAGUGAACAAUCAGAAGUAUUUAUUAAUGGUGGAUGAUAAGGACAAGCAGGAGAAGAAGCGCUCACAGUCAGUCACAAGACCCUCUUCUGUUUCUUCAGUCAAGAAUUUUUACUUUGGAGGAUCACCAAGUAGCAACCUCCAAAACUUUACAGGCUGCAUUACGUAUGCUUAUAUUAACAGACAAGACCGAGACAUUGAGCCUGAGGACUUUCAGCGCUAUAUCGAGAAUGUCCAGACUGAACUGGAGGACUGUCCAGUGCAAAAGCCUCCUUCUGCUUUUUCGUCAAAACUCAGGGAUGACAAACACGUAGCUAAACAAAGGCGAUCGCGACAGCCCAAACUGCAUCAGAAGAUUAUCCUAAACGAUGUUAACAUGGAAUCUGAAUCUAGCCACAAAGUUGCUCUCUGCCAUCCCUCAUCAAGUCACCAAGCAAUACAGAAUUCCUACCGUUAUGGCAGCUUUGCAAACAGUAGACAUCACUAUAGAGAGCUCCCGGAAUCAAUUUCACAUUUGGCCAACGUUUCCUUAUCCCUAAGGACCAAGACAUCAUUUGGCCUCAUUUUUUAUGUAUCUGACAUCCAAGAGAAAAACUUUAUGACUCUUUUCCUGGCCAAAGGUCGGCUUGUGUACACUUUCAAUGCGGGUGAUCAGCGGGUCGAGAUCUGGAGUAAUGAAAACUGCAAUGAUGGCGCGUGGCAUAAUGUCGUUUUAACCCGUGAUGGAAAUAUGGGAAAAUUGAUCAUCGAUGGACACACAAUCCUAGGAGAAAGCUUUUUUGUCAAAGAUACAUCAUGGCAUAUCAGCACCCCCCUCUAUUUUGGAGGCGUACCACCACAGCGUGCACGAAAAAACAUUCAGAGAAACUCAUUGAACAGUUUUUCUGGCUGUUUGAAGAAUAUUCAGCUGGAUGGACACUUGUUGUCAUCUGCAGACGAAACAUUUGGGGUCACUCCAUGUUUUGAGGGACCGACUGAGAAAGGCAUAUUCUUUGCAGAGGAGGGAGGAUACAUGCUUUUGGACACACUUGACUUGGGAGAUCAAUUUGAACUAGAGCUGGAGGCGCGGCCCCAUGUAACAUCAGCUGUUCUUCUGCAUGUGCCUAUAGCAGAGGGCCAUUUCUCUGUAUACAUUCAUGAAGAAGCAGUAAUGAUGAGGAAUAUGGACAAUCUCAAGUUACAAGUAGACCAGAAGGUCCACCGUGUGGAUGGCUUUCUGAAACUUCAUUCGACAAUCACCAGAAAGAUUUUCAUUGGCGGCGUGCCAGACCGCACCCAUGCUGGUCGCCAUGUAACCAAGGAGCCCUAUGUGGGUUGUAUGAGGAGGAUGAUGAUCAACAACAUCAAAGUGAACUUCAGAAAGGCAGCUCUAGUCCAUGGAGCAGUCAGUGUAGGAUCCUGUCCAGCUGUGUAG